AGAUUGUUUUUAUUCAUUAUAUUUCCUGUUUUUCAUAUUUUUUGCAACAUAUAAAAUCCAUCAACAAAACACGUUAUUGUUAACGGCGAGCGGAUGCUCGGUCUAAAUGCCACUUGCUGAUGUAUGGGUAACACUGGAAGAUUUUACUGAAAUUCACUUCGCCUUUACCCGACAACAAUGCUUCAUGCAUUGUGGAACAUCUUCAUUAUACGUGUUGUGGCAUUUCUUGCGUCUGAGAUUUUGGCCACGCCCCUUGACGACUACGUGUAUAGGAAAGACCCAGCUUACAAAUAUGACGUCAUAAAAAUGUACCAAAUGGAGGGUUACACGCUCUACAUUCUAAACUUGACGUCACAGAAAUGGAAACCAGACUUUCAGAGCCAGCCAGUGUGGUGGCACUACCUCUCUGUCACAGUCCCGGAUAAGAUCCUCAUCAAAGGGGCAGGAUUUCUCUACAUCACCGGGGGAUCUAAUAAUGAUAAUCCCCCGUCGCUCACAGACCCGUGUGUCCAAGGUACAACGCACAUGGCAACUGCAACUGGUUCAAUCGGCGCAUGUCUAACACUAGUGCCAAACACACCGAUCGUCUUUAAAAAUGAUCCAGCACAAAAGGAGCGAUGGGGAGAUGCCAUUGUUGCGUGGACCUGGAAGACAUUCGUGGAACAGAAAGGAGUCGACCCGGAAAUACUUCUGACCAUGCCAAUGACUAAGGCCAGUGUUCGAGCCCUGGACACUAUUAGUGAUCUCACAAAAUCGAAGAUUGGAGAAAAAACUGAUCGUUUCGUAGUGGCUGGAAAAUCAAAGCGAGGAGGGAUAUCGUGGAUGGUUGGAGCUGUUGACAAGAGAGUUGUUGCCAUAGUUCCCAUUGUUAUGGACCUUCUUAACAUGCAAGAGAAUUUGCGCCACUACUAUCGCUCACUAGGCGGCUGGUCUUUUGCGUUCAACGAUUAUUACGAGGUCAAUUUCACACAAUACCUCGACAGCCCGUACCUGAAGCAAAUGGCAACGAUUGUGGAUCCACUAUCAUAUACACAUCGCUAUGGGGACAAGCCUAAGUACAUUAUAUUGGCUGGGAAUGAUGAGUUGUUCAUGCCAGAUGAUUCCAGAUUCUACUUCGAUGAUCUGAAAGGGGAGAUAUACUUUAGGAUGGCACCCAAUAUGGACCACACUCUGAACCCGUUUGAGAACAACACGGCGUUGGGAAUCAGAUCUUUCUACAUUUCCAUUAUGAAGAACAUCCCGCUUCCCAAAAUGAACUGGAAACUGCAGAUGACGUCCACAGGCGGAAAAAUCAGCCUUAUAACCGAAAAGCGGCCUGCCGCCGUGGUUUGUUACCAUGCCACCACCACAGACGGAAAACGAAAGGAUUUUCGUCUAUUUCGUCUAAAUAACGACAAUGUACCGGCUUUAAAUCAAGUAAUAUGGCACAAAGCGGACGUCAAUCAAACCAGUGCUCUGAGCUGGGAGGUGGAGCUACUCAAUCCUCCUGUCGGCUGGACUGCAUUCUUUAUACAGGUGACAUUCGCUGGUCUCGCCGACUCGGUGCUCGAAUUCACCACCCAGACUCUCAUCAUACCGGACACGUAUCCCUUCCCGGACUGUCAUGGCGCCGAGUGCAGGGGGACGCUCGUGUAGAACCGAGGCGGUGUUACUUGUAUAUCUCACAACACGCUUCAACAUGAGUUUAUAGUAUCGCUCACAAUAAAACUUACACUUGUAUAGAAUAUAUCUCUAAAAUGUGAACGAAUGCGAUUGGCAACAGUUUCA